AUGGAGACUGAGCUAUCACAUAAUCUUCAACAGUUAUCAGAGAAAGCCCGAUCAACUACGGAGUUUAUUCAUCGACUAAAAGGAAUGAGCGACAAAGUGACGGAGUCAUGCAUAGAGUUUGAGCGACUUGUAAGUGCCCAAUGUGAAUCAUUAAUACAAAUGAUUCAUGAGCGGAGGGAAUUUCUAUUAGACACUAUACGAAUUGAUAAGGAAACAAAAAUAAGGACGUUAAAGGAGCAGCAGCUAAAUUGUACAGGAAAACUUCAGCAAACAAAUGGACUCAUACAAUUCUGUAUUGAGGCACUAAAAGAGACAGAUAGUGCGGCAUUUCUUCAAGUAGGGUCAAUGCUUAUAAAUCGUGUAGCCAACACGGACAUGACGUGGCAUCAAGAAGUAACGAAUGCAGCACCAAGAGUGUCACCCAUUGUGGAUUUAACGCUGGAUGACUCUCAUGUUAUUCGAGCUAUUGAUAAUCUCAACUUUAUUCAAAUGAAACUUCCAUUGGCACCACAAAUAAUUCCGGAAGAUUGUUCAGCUGAGAAUAAUUCGGUGACCGUUGCAUGGUUACAACCUAAUCACUCUUUUAUACAAGGCUAUGUACUCGAGCUGGAUGACGGAAGUGGGGGUGAAUUUAGGGAAGUUUAUUGUGGCAAAGAGACGAUCUGUACGGUUGAUGGGUUGCAUUUUAAUUCUAUGUAUAAUGCACGUGUAAAGGCAUUCAAUACGAGUGGAGAGGGUGAAUAUUCUGAUAUAAUUGGAUUACAAACAGCCGAAGUUGCAUGGUUCACAUUUGAUAAGCAGUUGACUGGCACAUGUUCAGGCUUAAAUUUCAUGAAUGACAAUAGAACAGUAUCAGCAGAUGGAUGGGAACAUUGUGUGGCCCUUGGCACUGUUGGAUUCUCACGAGGUGUACAUUAUUGGGAGUUUACAAUAGAUCGAUACACGGCUGAUACAGAUCCAGCCUUUGGCGUGGCGCGCAUCGAUGUUGCACGAGAUAAAAUGCUUGGUAAAGAUGAUAAAGGUUUUGCAAUGUAUAUUGAUAGACAGCGAUCAUGGUUUCAACACAAUUCAAUUCAUGAGCGUCGUGUUGAAGGAGGCAUAUCAACUGGCAGCACAGUGGGUGUUUUAUUAGACCUGGAGCGUCACACACUGCACUUUAUAGUUAAUGAAAUGCCACAAGGCUCGGUUGCAUUUCGAGAUUUAUAUGGCGUCUUCUAUCCAGCUGUUAGUGUGAAUCGAGGCGUUACAUUGACUUUACACUCGGGUCUUUAUGCGCCACACAUGGAUUAUCAUUGA